UUACCCACAACUACACCUGCUUGACUAUUGGAGGAAGCCAUCAUGAAGUCCUACACGCUGCUUCUGGCUGCCCUCAUCGCUAUUGCCCUUGUGUGUCCAUCAUGUGCUAAGGGGUUCGGGAGGAAGAGGACGAUGGCCAGGCAGGGUGACCAGGAGCCCAUGGCCGCAACCGUGAGCACCCGAGACAAGGAGCUCGCUAAGAUGCGGGCCUACAAGGCUGCUGUCCAGGAGAUGGGGGAAGACGCCGACGAGCUUGCCAUGCUGAAGCGGGUAGAGGAGAUCACCGACAAGCUGUUGAGGGAGUCGUUUCCGGACGCAUACAAACCCGCCCCAGCCAAGAGGCCUAAGGCCGUGGAUAGCGACGAUGUCUGGGAGAACGGGACGGUUGUGCGUUACCUGGCCCGGGUCAUGGCCUUACUGCUUGCGGCGGCGGGACUGUACGCGUGGAACGACAAGGACGUGCGAGAGAAGCCGGACCGCACCAUCAAGGACACACCGCCGAGAUCGUCAAGACCGUCGGCGCGUUCGUCGUCUGCCUCGGACUCGAGGAAGAUGCGAUAGACAUCCAAAGCUGUCGCCUCUCGAACCCAAAUGGUUGGAUUUGGCAGGAGACGACGUGCGGUAGAUAAGCCCAGACGCUCCCGCAAUGGUGCUGCAUGCGUUUGCACUGCCGCCCUCUGCCCUCGUGAGGGUGGCGUAGGAUUCCACAGAAAAGCCGUCUUGUCACGGGGUUGUCACCUUUUCAGUUUCGGUUCCAGUUCCAGGUUCAGCAGCAGGAAAGCUUCCAUGGCGUUGCCUGUCGUGCAGAUUAACCUGUAAAAGGUACAUGCUGCGGUGACCGAGCGUGCUAGAGUCGGAGUCGUUCGUGAGGUUGCGCCGGCUAGCCGCAUAUAUAUCGCAGAUACUUGUGGUGGGUAUCUCGACCUCGAGAUAAUUUGAACCUCUAGAAAGGCGUGUGUGUUUUUGGAGGGAAUCAGUCAUUUCGAGGAAAGGAACUAUUUUCCUGGACGUGUCGGGACGAAACAAGUUUUCUUGAGGUGGUUUGUAGUGCACAUACGCUGCUGUGAUUGUUUCUCCGCUCUCCGCCCUCCGCCUCCGCUUCCGCGGAGGAGCAUCGGGUGGCGUUUGGCAGUGGCCCACCGUGCAUCGAGAUGUAGUCAAACAUCUACGAAUGGACCAACCUCCUCUUGCAGCUGCGGUCGGGGGUGUGGAGGGGGGUAACUGGCUCUAUAUUUGGGACAGAGGCACUGGGUGCAGUCGUGUUGUGUAGGCUUUGGGUGGUAGAGGAAAGCGCUCAUCACAGCGACCGGAGGUAUGAACAAGACAUGCAGCCUCUUCUGUUCAUGUGGUGGAUUGGAUUCGUUGGUGACAAGAGAAGGCAAGUCGUAAAGCCGCCUGUGUUUGAGAAUGUUUUGUCCUCCCCGUGGCCCCUGUGGGGAUUUUUUGCUUUGUUU